UGCCUCAGUUUUGUAAGAUUGACACAAUUAUUUUGAUCCACAGUGAUGUUGUCUUCAUUUGCAGGCAGCAGAAGUCAGAUUAUGUUGAACACUUAAGGGCAUAUGAGUUAUGGCCAGUAACAUCUCUGUGCACACUGUCAAUGAUUUCAAUGACUCACAUACUCUUUCUGUAUACAGUACAAUAUUUCAGGAAGAUUGUUCUUGACACCGAGGAGAUUUAUCUCGCGUUGACAGACACGCCUAAGCACACCUGCGCAAGAGCAAAGAUGGCACAACCCCCUGGUUUGUUGCUAAGGGUCUAUAUUAAUGCAGACACAGCUCACAAGGUCAUCUUACCAACCAGACCAUCCACAUUAGAUGAACUGAUAUCAUUUAUGCAAGAGAGGUUUAACUUAGAAGGCCAUUUUACUCUUCAAUAUGAAGACCCUGACUUUGAUGGAGAACUCUGCGUCUUGACAGAGAUGUCAGAGUUGCCCUCAAAGGCCGUGGUCAGGAUAAUAAGACCAGACAAUUCAAAUGACUCCCCUCCCACAGAAUUCACUACCCAGACCCAGGAACGCACUCAGAGACGGCCCAAUGAGUUCUCAGUUCCAACAUUUUCCUAUGAUGUGGAACACAUACUGGAGAUUUGUGCAGAAUUCCAUCGAAUAACAAGUACAAAUUUAAAGAGUACAUUUUAUUCUGCAUUUGAUAAGUACAUGCCACGGCUAAUGACGAUGUACCUUGAGAAAGCGGCCCGCACUGGCAAAACUUCUGAAUUGCUAAGAAACAUCUUCAGGACCCAUGAUCUCCUUACGUCGAUGUUAACAGCAGACGCACAAUUGCUCUGCAGGCACUUCCCAUCUUCCUGCGUGAAGAUGCUGCUGGAUUUUUUUAAAACCUGGAAUGCAGAAGACAUUGACCUGCCAGACCUCUCGGAUACAACUGUAGCUGUUCUCAUUGUCUCGAAUGAUACAGUCUCCCUUGUGAAGUUUGGUCCUGCAAUACAUUCUAUAGUUCUUGAGGGAGAUAUUGUGGUAUGUGAUAUAGCACAGAUGACAGAGGCAUUCAUUUUGCUUUUUGGCUUGAUUUAUGCACUACAUCUACAGUAUCCAAAGAAAUUGUCAUAUACAUUCAAUUUUAUUCAAAAAGUUGUAAUGGGUUUGGAUGACCUGAAGCGGUUACCUCCGAGACUGCUUAGCCUUAAAAAUGAUCUGAUGAUUGAUGAGUAAGCAGUCUGCUUAAUAUAUGUCGUUGUUACUACCAGCAUGGUGAUACUCAAGCAACCAUUUUGUUUUUGUUUUUUGUUUUCGCUUUUUUAUUUAUGUUGGCCUAUUAUUUUUGGAUCGGCCUAUUAUGUUGGCCUAUUUUUUGUUAUUUGAGUAUUAUUACCUUUAUUGAAAAUGUGGUUGUUAUUUCUUUUCUUUUCUGUAUUAACCCCAUUGCUGGGGACAUUGUUCUGAAUGCUAAUGGAAUUCAUAAAUAAAUGGAAUCUGCAGUAAAA